AUGGUGCAGAUGAUGGAGUCGCAGUGUGAAUACUUCAUGUAUUUCCCGGCGGUGCCCAUCACGGACCUGUCGGACCCUGGUCGGUACCGCCUGCUGCCCCGCAGGAGCCACCUGUUCCUGGGGGAGACGGUCCGCUUCCUGCUGGUGCUGCGGAGCCGGGGGGGGGGGACCCCGCCCGACACCGCGGACGGCGCCGCCCCCUCCUUCGGGUCGGAGUCGGCCAGCAGCCGGGCCUGGAGGGAUCUGGCUGGCUCUCUGAGCGCCGUGGCCAGCGUGAGUCCAGGGGAGAGCAGCCGGCACCGGGGGAACAACCACCAUCAGAACCACCAGAACCACCAGAACCAUCACGACUUCCAGAGCGGAGACGAGGCCAACGACGACGGAGACGACGACUACAUCGCAGCAGCGGAGGCGGCCAUCGCGGCGCUCGGCAGCCGGGUCGAUUCCCGCUGCCGCAGCUUCAGAGACUGCAAACCUCUGCUGAUCCACAACUCCUCGGCGGCAGGGGGGUUUCGCAGGGCGCCGGUUCAGUCUCCUCUGGACGAGCCGGUGGUUCUCACUGAUGAGGUCAUCUUCCCGCUCACCGUCUCUCUGGACAAACUGCCCGUCAGCACGCUGAAGGUCAAGGUGAUGGUCACGGUGUGGAAGAAGGAGGCGGAGAAGGCGGAGGUUCAGGAGCUGGGAUAUCUGAGCGUCCUGCAGCAGAGAGAACCAACACACACCUUCAGACACGACCUGAACACCUUCAAGGCUCAGGUUGAGUACAAAACGCUGACUGUGUUGCCGCCGCUCACUACCGUCCGCUGCAAAAGGAUGACCGUCUCUGGAAAACACCUCGCUGUCCUCAACAGUGUUGAACGAUCCUCUCAGGAGGAGCUGAGUAUUCGGGACGUUCGUAUUUUACCGAACCUGAACGCCUCGUACCUCCCGAUGAUGCCGGACGGCUCCGUGCUGCUGGUGGACAACAUCAGCCAUCAGUCUGGCCAGGUGGGCAUGGCGUCGUUCUGCCGGGUCGAUAGCUCGGCCUGCAGACUUCCCAGCAUGCUCAGCGCUCUGGAGGAACACGACUUCCUGUUCCAGCUCCACCUCAACGACACGCCGCCCGACGACUCCAACGAGGGUUUAGAGGUUCCCCUGGUAGCGGUGCUGCAGUGGUCGACUCCCAAGAUGCCGUUCACCAACUGCAUCUACACCCACUACAGGCUGCCCAGCCUCCAUUUGGACCGGCCUCGCUUCGUGAUGACGGCCAGCGCCCCGAGCACCGUGCGCGUCAGAGAGGACUUCAGAGUGAAAUACGUUCUGCUCAACAACCUGCAGGACUUCCUGGCGGUCCGACUCGUCUGGACCCCCGAGGGUCGAGGUGUGUGUGAUGAAGCCUCUCUGGUGCCGGUGGUCUGUCGCUCCCCCCUCAGUAACCUUGGUUACUGUCGGAAAGGAAGCACCAUCUCCUUCAGCGUCAACUUCCAGAUCCUCAAAGCUGGACUCUACGAGCUGAGUCAGCACAUGAAGCUGAAGCUGCAGUUCACCGCCUCCGUGUCCAAUCCCCCCCCCGACGCCCGGCCGCUGUCACGUAAGAACAGCCCGUCCAGCCCGGCCUUCAGAGACCUGCUGGACCGACACCAGGCCAGUCUGGGUCGAUCACAGUCCUUCUCUCACCAGCAGCCCUCACGCUCUCACAUCAUGAGGACGGGCAGUGCCAUGGAGCGCCGGGCCAUCACCCCCCCCGUCGGCUCUCCGGUCGGUCGGCCUCUUUACCUUCAGGACAAAUCACUGCUUUCUGUGGACAAGAUCGCCAAGAGGGAGUGUAAAGUGCUGGUGCUGGAGUGAGGGGGGCGGGGGAAGGACGCAAGGAGAGGAGGAAGGAGAGAGGAGAUGAGACGACGAUGAGGCAGCGAAGAGAGGCCCAAAGUUAACAGGACAAAGCCUGUUUACUCCCAUUGAACAGCUAGGGGUCUUUUUCCUCCAAUAAUAAACAUUUCUUUCAAUUUUUUUGAAAAAAGUCGAAAUUCUGAGAAAAAAGUCAGAAUUUUAAGAAAAAAGUCAGAAUUUUAAGAAAAAAGUCAGAAUUUUAAGAAAAAAUACAGAAUUUGAGAUAAAAUCAGAAUUGAGCAAAAAGUCUUAAUUUUCUGAAAAAAGUCAGAAUUUUGAGAAAAGUCAACAUUUUGAGAAAAAU